CAGAGCAUGCGCAGAGAGUCCCGGAUGCAGAGUCGGCCCAGCAAAUGAGGAUGAGAGAGAGACAACGAUUCUUUGAGGAGGUCUUUCAACACGACGUGGAUGUCUACCUUUCCUCUGCACACCUGCAGAUAGAUUAUAAGAGACCUCCCUUAGGAAGUAUUUCAUCCAUGGAGGUGAACGUUGAUAUGCUAGAACAGAUGGACCUGAUGGACAUCUCUGAUCAGGAGGCCUUGGAUGUCUUCUUCAGUGCCAGCGGAGAGGAAGGAUCACUGACGUCCUCUCUUCCAGCUCUUGGCCACACUGACAUAGAAGAGGAUGGACUGCGGAGAAGUGACGUGUCCUUGAGAAUUGCUGACCCUUGUGAGAUCAAAUCCCGUAUGUUGUCCACUUCCUCCAGCUCCACCUGUGACAGUCAGGCCUCCAAUGAGGACGGAUCGAACACUCCUAUCGUUCAAUCAGAUGAUGAAGACGUGCAUGAAGAUAGCCUGUUACGAACAGGAGCAUCCACAGCCAACAAUGCCACAAAAGAGCAGUCUGCCCUCUCAUUAUAAACUGCCUUCUCAUUAAUUACUGACGGUUUGGGAAGUGUAACAUGUCUAGGUUGAGACUCUUUCAUGGGUGGGUUGACCGGUUUUAGCCAUAAAUCAAUCUACCAAAGACCUUCAUAAAGGCUUGUGAAAUUCAACUCAUUCAAGGCCACUAUUACUCCACACUGAGAGCGUCACGCUUUGACAGACCUGCAAUUUUGUAAUGUAAUUUGCGUCUUACCAACAUUUUACUGUAUCUUUUGCUGUUCUUUGGAAAUAUAGGUUUAGAAAUACCUACACACCACCAAUAUUUUGCAAUGCUCUUUACAAAGAUUGACGCUGCUCUGUAGAGAGACUACAUUGAAUUAAGGUGGUGAGUCUCAUGAAAACAUUUCCAAAAGGAAACAAAACAUGAAAUUAUAAUUUGCUUAAAGAAAAUGAAGCCUCUUCUGUACAUGAUUAAAGGGAUUUUACUUACUCUCAUAACAUUUGUUCAUUUUCAAAACACAAAUGUAGAUUUUUUUUUAAGAAAUCUGAGAGGUUUCUGUCUCUCAAUUGAAAGCCCACGCAAAAAGGCAUUGUAAGACUAAUCCAUAUGAAUUGAGUGGUUUAAUUCAAGUCUUGAUCGUUUUCAUAUAAUAAACAGAUUUAAUUUAGGGGUCUGUUUGACUUUGUCAGUUGACUUUUUAUGAUAAAAAAAAAAAAGUACAUAGCGUGAAUCAAAUAAGGUUAACAAGGAAGCUGAAAUGUGCGUGCAUUGCACAGCAGAACAAACCCCUAAGUGUUUGGCAGACACUUUUAUUCGAAGCAUUUUAUAAAAUGCAUACCUUCAAUGCAGUGUAAGUUCAUGUAUUCCCUGGUA